AUGCCGGGACGAAUGAUGAAUGCUGACCACGUGAAGCGCCUAAAGGGCGCGAUAGACACGAGGAUCGCUGAGGAACAGGCUCGACAACGACAAGCCGUCACCUCGUCCACCUCGCAGCGCGGUCCACAACGACGGCGUCCGCAGACACAACAAGAUGGCUCUGCUCCACGCUUGGCCAGUCGUCAGAGAGAAGUCGGCACUGCGCAGUCGAACCAGGGGCCUGAUCCAUCUGAAUUCGAGGCUGCAUUCUCCGUAGUCGGCGAUAGUAGCGAGGCCCCAAGCAGAGUCGAGACACCUAGGCCCGAAAGCGAGACCAAGGAAGAGCCGGGUGCAGUGCCCGAAGAAAAGAAGGAUGAGGGUACAAGUCGGGAAGUUGCAGGCGCCUCGUCAGAAGAGACCGAUGGCAGUCCCGUGCCACAGGCAAGAGCUCCUGAAAUACCGGCAGACGUUCGCCUCAAAUUUCGCAAGCUGGAACGACUCGAGUCAAAAUAUGGCGAGCUACUGAAGGCCUACCGCUCUGCUCACGCACGGGUGCAGACGAUAGAGCCAUUCGAGGCGUCCCUUCGUGAGCAUACACCUCUGACGAGCAUUAACGACCCGGCAGCUUUUACCGAGUAUCUCACUCAGGUCAGCGCCAAGGGUGAUAUGGUACUCGAUGAGUUCAAGAAGGUCAGUGCGGAAAGAGACGACUACAAGAAGAAGGCAGAGCAAUCCGAGGAUGACGCGAGCCAACUGAGGGCCAAAGUCGCAGAUUUGGAAAGCCGAGCAGCAGAGACAAAAGCGAGCACAGAGACCCAAGACCCAGUCGUGCAGCCUGCGGAAGACGCAGUCUCGUCAACGACGGCAGUAGCAACUCUGAACACUGCAAAUGACCCCUCCUCUCCCAAAGACUCCAUCAAGUCUCCUGCCUCGACCUCGUCACGCAUACCGAGCUUCUCCUUGUUCUCGCCACGCUCAAAACCCGUGUCCCCGCCCAAGGACACUUCAGAAGAUUUUUUUUCGUACGACAAUGAAGUACCGCGUCUCGAACAAGAACUCGAGGACAGCAAAGCCCAAGUUGAGCAGCUCAGGGCGCAGAUGGAGAAGAUGAAGGCUGACUUGACUGUUGCCCGUGAAUCCACCGAAGGCAUGGUCACCAGCCUCGAAUCAGCUACACGGGAACUGCUCGAACUCCGGGACACGAAGGACAAAUUCGAUGUUGAAAAGGCUAGGCUUGAAAGUCGCAUCCAGGAUCUCGAAGGUCAAGCGCAGUUGGGAGAAAGUCAAGCUCAACAUAUUGACCGCGAGCUUGAACAACUGCGCUCGCAAAGAGACUCCUUAUCUGGCGAGAUUGAUGGCCUUAAACAGAGAGUGCAAGCGUUGGAAGAAACGAAGUCCGACCUUGAGUCGCAACUACAGAAAGCCCGGGCGGAAACGAACAUCCUAAAUGAGAAGCUUGGCCAAAAGGAUGCUACAGUCAAGGAUCUUGAAGAUAGCCUGGCGAUGGCGAAGAUGGCUGCUCGCGAGCAAGAACAGCAGAGCAAGGGAGAGACUUCGAGCGAAAAGAAGCUCAGCACCAUGCAAGGUAUCAUGGACACAUUGCGCUCUCAAUUAACCUCCACAGAAGCAACUGUGGCAGACUUGAAGGCAGAACUCGCAGCCAACGAGGAGAAGUUCAACAAUCGUCCUUCUGCCAAGGUCUUCGGAUUUCUGGAUGAGGGGACAUCGUCGAAUCUCGACCAGCUUAAGAGCCGAGAGGACGCUGUCAAUUAUCUGGCUGCCAAUUUUGGCCUGAAAAGAGAGACACAGGAGCUGCCAGCUGCUGUUUCCAGGCCUGUUUCCACUACAGCGCCGGAUCUAGGUACUGCUCAAACUUCCAAAAAGAAGAACAAGAAGAAAAAGAAGGGUAAAGGCAGUCAAGCAAUACCAACCGAGGAAAACGAGCCGGAGGGUCCCGUCAAGGUGUCUGAAAACCUUGCCGAAAUUGAAGAGGAGUCUAAGCCAACGGCUAUCAUAUCUAUGAACACCUCUCAGCUGGAAGAGCAAAUAGCUGCCCUGAAGAAGGACAUCGACACCAGAGAUUCUACCAUUGAGAAGCUUUCAAAGAAGAUCAAAGACCAAGAGGCCCUUCAGGAAGAGAUCGAGACUCUUCGCGAUGACUUGCUGCAUCAAGGGGAGGAGCAUGUCGAGGCCCGAGACAAGCUGAAGACAGCAGAAAUUGAGAGGGCAGCACUCCGAUCAAGAGCCGAAGAGCUUGAGAGUGAGCUGCUUGGUCUCCAGAGGAGCAUUUCCAACAAGUCUGCGGACGAUGAAAAGCACAAAAACACGAUCCAGGAGCUGGAGGAGGCGAAGAUCAAGUCCAUAUCCUUGCAAACCGAUCUCACUGCGGCUGAAAAGCUUGCUGCGUCGCGAUUCAAAGACUUGACUGACCUUCGGGAUGUCCUCUCCAAAGCACAGCCAGAAUUGAAGGUCUUAAGGGCCGAGGUCGCGGAGCUCAAGAGUGCCAAAGACGAUCUGAAGAACAAAGAGGGGGAGCUCAAGCGGCUAGAGGCUCGACACGAGGAUCUCAAGUCAGAAAUGAAGGGCUUGAGCAAGCGACUAGGUGACAAGGACUCUGAGAUCAAAGAGUUGCAGCAGAAAAUUGAACAAGAAACUAGCACGCGGACAAGAGCCGAAGAAGAUCUGAGGGUUGUUCAGACUGAGCUCAAGUCUACCGAAACGAGAAGGCUAGACGCCAUCAGCCUCUCGGACGACAGGAAUAACGAGCUAAAGAAGAGUCGUGAGGAAGCAGCAAAACUCAAAUCGCAGUUGAAUGGUCUUGAGGGACGAGUGGCUGGACAUGAGCGAGAGAUUUCACAGUUCCGCGAGGAAAUCAGUCUGAAGACCGCCUUGCAUUCUUCAUCGCAGCAACUGGUACAGUCCUUGCGCGAACAGACUCAUGAGCUGAACACCCAAGCUCGAGAAGCAUCGACGCGGGCUGAGAAUCUCGAGGAGGAAUUGGCCGAAGCUCAGCGAAUGCUUACUGAACGCACUCGUGAAGGGCAGACGAUGAGGAUGCUGCUGAAUCAGUCAGAGGCCGGCACAGAGUCUAGAGUACGUGAGAUGAAGGAGCGUAUGGAUGCGGCCAUCGAGGAGCGCGAUCGCAUCGAAGACGAAGCUAGCGUGAGCAGUAGACGCAUGAUGCGCGAGCUGGAUGACGCGAAGUCAAGGGCUCGGGAUAUGCAGAGACAGGUUAAGAUCCUGGAAGACGAGAAAGAUGAGCUCGAUCUGAAGCAGCGAGAUGCCAAACGCAGGUUACAAGACCUGGAGCAAGCCAGCGAGAGAGCUACAAAGGAGGUGGAAGAAGUCCGCGCUGCCAUGGCUACCCUGCGCGAGGCACUCAACGAGAGCGAGCGGCAGGUGCAAGACAUGGAGACCCAGAAAGGAGAGCUACGGCGGAUGGGCGAUGAGGCCAAAGAGCGCGUUGAGAAGCUCACGAGAGCAAACAAGAAUCUGACCGAGGAGCUCAAGGUGCUGCAGGCGAACACGCGACAAGGACCCAGACCUGGCGUGGGAUCCGGCGUUCAGAGCUCAAGAACAUCAAUUGACUCUGCGUCAGCUAGAUCUCCAGCGCCCACAGCCAGGGAGCGUGACAAGCCUGCCGGGGGGCGCGAGACGCCUACCAAUGCAGGCUUGAGUCAGGGUUCGGUGGAUUACGUCUACCUGAAAAAUGUGCUACUGCAGUUCCUCGAGCAGAAAGACAAGGCGCACCAGCGGCAACUGGUUCCUGUGUUGGCGAUGUUGCUGCACUUCGACCGGUAA